CGACAUGUGCUAUAUAUGCCAAUUCCUAAGGGAAAGAAGGCUAAGGGGAAGAAGGUGGCACCUGCCCCUUCAGUGGCCAAGAAGCAUGAAGCUAAGAAGGUAGUCAACCCCCUCUUUGAGAAGAGGCCCAAGAACUAUGGCAUUGGUCAGGACGUCCAGCCAAAACGGGAUCUGACCCGCUUUGUGAAAUGGCCCCGCUACAUCCGCCUGCAGAGGCAGCGUUCCAUUCUGUACAAGCGCCUGAAGGUUCCCCCUGCAAUCAACCAGUUCACGCAGGCUUUGGACCGUCAGACAGCCACACAGCUUUUCAAGCUGGCCCACAAGUAUAGGCCAGAGACCAAGCAGGAGAAGAAGCAGAGGCUGCUGGCUCGUGCUGAGCAGAAGGCUGCCGGGAAAGGAGACACCCCAACCAAGAGGCCUCCUGUACUCCGUGCAGGUGUGAACACAGUUACAACUCUGGUGGAGAACAAGAAGGCUCAGCUGGUCGUCAUCGCUCACGAUGUGGACCCUAUCGAGCUGGUGGUGUUCCUGCCAGCCCUAUGCCGCAAGAUGGGUGUUCCAUACUGCAUUGUGAAGGGCAAGGCCAGGCUGGGAAGACUGGUGCACAGAAAGACCUGCACUUCAGUCGCCUUUACACAGACCAACCCUGAGGACAAAGGUGCACUUGCCAAGCUUGUUGAAGCCAUCAAGACCAACUACAAUGACAGAUAUGAGGAGAUCCGUCGUCACUGGGGAGGUGGCAUCAUGGGCCCCAAGUCCACCGCUCGCAUCACAAAGCUGGAGAAGGCAAAGGCCAAGGAGCUGGCCACCAAGCUCGGAUAAACUGUUUGAUAUUAAAAUAAAUGUCCCAAGAAAAACUUGA